AUGGCGGGGUGCGGGGGCGGGCGGGCCUGGGCCGUGGCCGCGGGCGGCCGGCGCUGCUGGGCCGGGCUGCUCGCCGUCAGGAACCACCCCGGGGCUGUCGGGCGCGCCGCCGGACGCGCCGUCGGGGCCUUGGGCGCGCCGCCAAGGAGGACGCUGGCCUCCAGAAACCGACCGGAGGGCAAGGUGUUGGAGACCGUCGGCGUGUUCGAGGUGCCAAAGCAGAACGGGAAAUAUGAAACGGGUCAGCUCUUCCUUCACAGUGUGUUCGGAUACCGGGGCGUCAUCCUGUUCCCUUGGCAAGCCAGGCUGUACGACCGGGACGUGGCGUCCGCGGCUCCGGAGAAAACGGAGAACCCAGCCGGCCACGGCUCCAAAGAGGUCAGAGGCAAAACCCACACGUACUACCAAGUGCUGAUUGAUGCCCGGGACUGCCCAUAUAUAUCUCAGAGGUCUCAGACGGAAGCGGUGACGUUUUUAGCCAACCACGAUGACAGCCGGGCCCUCUACGCCAUACCGGGACUAGACUACGUCAGCCACGAGGACAUCCUCCCGUACACCUCCACGGACCAGGUGCCCAUCCAGCAUGAGCUCUUUGAGCGGUUUCUCCUCUUCGACCAGACGAAAGCUCCCCCUUUUGUGGCCCGGGAAACUCUGCGAGCCUGGCAGGAGAAGAACCACCCGUGGCUGGAGCUGUCAGACGUGCACCGAGAGACCACGGAGAACAUCCGCGUGACCGUCAUCCCCUUCUACAUGGGCAUGAGGGAAGCCCAGAAUUCCCACGUCUAUUGGUGGCGCUACUGUAUCCGCCUGGAAAACCUGGACAGCGACGUGGUGCAGCUCCGGGAACGGCACUGGAGGAUCUUCAGCUUGUCCGGCACCCUGGAGACGGUCCGGGGCCGGGGCGUGGUGGGCAGGGAGCCCGUGUUAUCCAAAGAGCAGCCGGCCUUCCAGUACAGCAGCCACGUCUCCCUGCAGGCCUCCAGCGGACACAUGUGGGGCACGUUCCGCUUCGAGAGGCCCGACGGUUCCCAUUUCGACGUCAGGAUCCCUCCCUUCUCCCUGGAAAGCAAUAAGGAUGAGAAGACACCCCCCUCUGGCCUUCACUGGUAAAAUGGCUGGAGCCCGACCGGCCCCCGGCCCCGGGGGAGCCGGCACGGGGAAGGGGAGGCUCCGGACGUUGGCUCUAAGAGUCCAUCCCCCCGGCGCUCCUCCGGGGCCGGCUCCCCGGGCCGCUCGGCUCAGAAGUGGGCCUGGCAGGGGAGACGGGAACGGGCCCUGCGUAAGCUCGGGGCCCCUCCUCGGUCGCCCCAUUCUGGAACGGGAGCUUUGCUCAAUAAAACAGCGCAUGCCCAGCCGCCAA